CAUACCAGUAGUUGGCGUAUGAUAACAAUAAACAACCCCGAACAAGAGGUACGCACCAACAGGACUUGUCGCUCGUAUUCGACAGAAACGAAACAAAAGCAUGAAGCGAGAAAGCUACAUUCGGUUGGAGUAAGCCUUUCUCACUUAGCGCAGGGGUCUUUUCGGUCCUGACACGAAGGGUUUUGUAGUCUUUGUGUCCAGCCAAAAGGGGAGAACUACAGUUACGGGUUUACCUCUUCCUUAGCCGUUUAGCUAGCUGUGGCUCAUUCCUAGUUUUUGCACACUUUGUUCUAGUCUGUUAUGCCGUUACCAGAGGGCUGUCAUCGCACUCGUUCUCCUCAGCCUCCUCUCCGCUCCCUCUCCCCGCUCUCUCUGGCCCUAUGUCUCGGUGGCUUUUCCCCUGGUCAGGCUCCAUCAAGAAGCGGGCCUGUCGGUACCUCUUGCAGCACUACCUGGGUCACUUUUUGCAGGAGCGACUGAGCCUGGACCAGCUGGGCUUGGACUUGUACAACGGCAACGGGGUCAUCAAGGACAUCAACCUCGACGUGUGGGCGGUCAACGAGCUUUUGGAGUCUAUUGGGGCUCCCCUGGAGAUAGUGGAGGGCUUUGUGAGCAGCAUAACAGUGACCAUUCCUUGGCAAGCUCUCCUGACUGAUCAUUGCACCUUAGAAGUUUCUGGUCUCCAGAUAACAUGUCAGCCCAAGUACAGAACCAAUGGGAGUUGGGACUCACAGGGCUGGUCGUCCAGUAUGACCUCCAGCAUGCAGCUGGCUCAGGAGUGCCUAAAGGACCCACCGGAGGCAUCCGAGGAGCCACCUGCCCCUCUGGAGGGCCUUGAGAUGUUUGCACAGACUAUCGAGACAGUUCUUCGUCGUAUCAAAGUCACUUUUCUAGACACAAUCGUCCGCAUUGAGCACCAGCCUCCAGGCCUGAAAACAGGUGUUGCCUUAGAAGUGCACAUCGAAAGGCUGCAGUAUUUUGAUGAAGCAGUGAGAGAUCCAGCCAGCCAGACUGCCGUGCCUGUCGAUAUCCACCAGCCGCCCGCCUUUCUGCACAAGAUCCUGCAGCUGAGCGCCGUUCAGCUGUUCUACGACAGAAUCGGCGUAGUGCAUGGUUCUCCUGAGGAGAAACAUCCAAAUUUAGCCACAGACAGUGAAGCAGAGGAAGAGGACCAUGAGGAAAAAGAGGAAGAACCCAAAACCUUGAAAACCUCUUCUGGUCCUCCGUCUCAGCCUCUGCUGAUAGGACGCUGCUCCGGUUUCGUCGAAACCAUCGUUAAGAUCAAACAGAACGACAUGCUGCCAGGACCAAAGUUGGAGUUGGAUGGGAAGGUGGGCUGUGUCCACCUGCUGCUGUCUCCAGAUCAAAUAACCCAUCUAACCGACCUUCUGUCUGCCCUGUGCAUCGAUACUGAGCCAGAGACAAAGUGUGGUGGAGGAAAAAGUCGUCCUUUAGACUCGGACGACUUUCGGAAGAUUGAGGAGGACCUCAGUAAGCAGCUGGGCUCCAGUCCCAGAGACAGGGAGUGGGAAACCGAGCCGGAUCUGGAGUCCUUCGUCACCACUCUGGAGAAUGGAGAAAUGUUUUAUUCCAUGGGUCCUGCUGGUAUGAACAGCAGCGUGACGUCUGUUCGCUCUGGCAGCGAGCUGUCAGACAGCGACAUGGACUCGUCCACCCACAGCCUGUGCAGCCUCACGCAGCCGGCAGCUCUGGUAGCACAGGGUUUGGUGAACUGUCCCAGGAGAUAUCCUGUGGUUGGCUGCCUGUCCAGUUUACCCCAGGCCAGUCGGCCCAGAGGCCGUUCACACAGCGGCCAGGUGGAGCAGCUGAAAACUGAAUCCUUGUUGAGACUGACCAUCGGCGGGAUCACGCUGACCAUGCUGCAGGAAGACCCGCCCUCUAAGUCCAACGGAGCGUCGUCAUUGGCUCACGUGUCUAGAUCAUUUUUCGAAGAGUUGUGCAAUUUCAAGGACAGCAUGUUCAGCGAAAAGAACUUCAGCAGUUUGAGAGAUGGCUUCGCGAAAGCCUGUCCGCACUCCCAUCUCAGACUGACGGGGGCAGCAGUGCAGGUUGUCUGUGAGAUGCGCAGUGGGAGACGUCGCUGUCGGGCCGUGACCUCUGACCUUUCUUUCAGCAGACUGGAACUGUUAGAGUACCUCUGGCAGGAUGGAACGCCUCAGUACUCUGAGUUACUUCAGUUCCAGAAAGCUGGUUUGUUUACAGUUGGAGCUGCAGCCCGACCGUGUGCCCAGCUUCACUACAGCCUCACUGAAAAACUCCUGUAUAAAGGUAAACAGCGCGUGCUGCGGCGGGACAGCGUCGUACGGGUGGAGCUGUCGGAGCUCAGCGCUGAGCUGGACCUGGACAUCUUGAGCCGACUGGAGAACCUCAGGAAAGCCUUCAGCUACUGUCCUUCCCAGGGUACUGGAUCAGGACUCGUAAAGACGCAGAGCUCUGAACUCAGCUCCUCCUUCACUCUGCUCUCCCCCAACGCCACACUGAGGCUUCGCUUUCCCAUCCCAGACCUGCGGCCCCCACCCAAACGAAGGCCGCCAACCCAGAGGGCCGUCCGGGAGGAGACCCUGGUGCUGGAGCUGAUGGAGCUGGAGCUGAAGCACCAGGAGGCCCCAGACCUCCAGAGCGAGCAGGCGGGCCCGGGGAAGCCGUGGACUCCCUGUCUGACGCAGCUGCUGGAGGCCACGUUCACCGAUUUGCACGGGUCGUAUGAGGGCUGGGAGGGAGGCUCCUUCCCUUGUAUCAAAGUGAAGAGAAGUCGUGACGUUCUGCCGGGGAUAUCGGUUCGCGUGCGUGGAGGUGAAGCUCAGGUCCCAUCAGCAGGUCUGAACCUGGGCCUCAUCAAAGACCUGGGGGCCACUUUUUUUGAAAGUCACUGUGAAUUUACGGAGAACACCAGCUCCCCGUUUUCUUCCAAUCGCACCAUGUUUGAGACUGAAGAGAUGGUGAUUCCAGCCGACCGAGAGGAGAUGUUACAGUUUCAGGAACAGUGUGUGGCUCAGUGUCAGUGUGCUGUGGAUAUAACCCUGCCCAUGGCGUACGUCCUCCUGCCCAGCAAACAGGCUUUCCAGAGCAUCUACAACAGGAUCAAUAACGAUCUCUUGAUGUGGGAGCCGCCUCCCCCUCCUCCUCCCCCCUCGGCCCACAGCCCCAGCCAGAGCCGCCAGAACCACGACGAGUUCCAGCUGUGCAAAUCAGCCUUCAGACUGGACUCUGAUUCUGAAGAAGAUGAGCCUGCGUUUUAUUUGGCCAGUGACUCAUCUGGAAGGAUGCAGCAGUCAGCUCCUCGCCCCAGCCACAACCUCAGCCUCCUCUCCCUCACUGUGAUUAUUGGGAAGGGGCGCCUCCAGGCCAGAACUGACAGGAAGGAUGAUGAAACUCACGGGGAGAUUGUGCUGGACCUGGAAGGGGGGAAGAUGUUCAGUGUGGCACAACAUCAAAAUAACCCCAAUCUGAAUUUCUUGUGUUUGGAGAGCAAACGAGUGGAACUCUACCAUCAAGCUGUGGUGAAAGACAGCCCCGUCCCGCUGCGGUUGGACAUGCCCAGCUUCACUCCACCGGAGCACUUGGACCCCACCAUCUACCCCACCGAGGUGGGGGUGAGCAAUGUGAGCAGGAGGGAAGGGGAGCUGCAGAUGUUGUCCACAGCCAUAAAAAUCACUCUGGACCUCGAGCGGAACGUCAAAGAGUUCCUCGUCGCUCUUCAACUUCAAGGCGCCACCAUACGACACUACGUAACACAGACCGACCACAGCUGGCAUGAGCAGCUGGUCGACUUUCUGGAUGUAAUUGAUGAUCCCAUUCUGGGAUACACACCACCAGCCAUCAUCACUGUCCUCCACACACACCUCGCUACUUGUGCCGUAGACUACAGGCCUUUGUAUUUGCCCCUUCGAGUCUUGUUCACAGCAGAGUCGUUCUCUCUGUCCACUAACAUCAUCGUAGACACUGCCACCUUCCACCUCAGAUUCAUCCUGGAUGAUUCUGCUCUCUACCUCUCUGAUAAAUGUGUGUCUGACGCCGUGGACCUGAGGAGAGAUUAUGUGUGCGUUCUGGACAUCGACCUGUUGGAGCUCGCCAUCACCACCUGGAAAGGCAGUAAUUCUGGGAAACUGUCUCAGCCUCUCUUCGAGCUCCGCUGCUCCAACAACGUGGUUCACCUUCACACCUGCGCCGACUCUUGUGCCGCCCUCGUCAACGUGUUGCAGUACCUGGUUUCCCAGGGUGACCUGCAUCCCCCGCCUUGCCACACCCUGCCCACUGAAAUCGCUGGCCAGAAAUUACCCUUAUCAGAAAGUCCUGCGUCUUUGCCGCCCUGCCUUCCUGCUGAAACCGCAGAGAUCAACCAGUACGACCUGGCUGAUGCCUUAAUCGACACGGAGAAGAGCCACGGCGAAGACGAUACAGAAGCAGGUCCACCAUCAGUGCCGAGGGGCUCCCCCGUCUCUGUCUACUUGUUCCCCGGCGAAGCCUCGAAGCACAGCCUGUCUGGUCUGCAGAGGGAUGACUCUGAGCUGGACGGUCUGGUUUCCACUGCGAUGGAGGCGCAGGCAGACAUGGUGCUGGACGAAGGCUCGGACGGCUCCGCCGACAACGAUGACUUCUGCAUCCUGGAGGCGCCUGGGAUGGGAAUACCUCCCAGAGACGGGGAGCCCGUGGUCACUGUGCUUUCCCAGACGCCCAUCAGGGUGAAGGACAGUCACUUCUCCAGGCCUCGAGGCAGCUCAGACCUGCUCCGAGCUCCCAGUGGGUUCCCCGUGCCGCACAGCAGGGUGGUGCUGAGGGAGAUCUCUGUGGUCUGGCAUCUCUACGGGGGGAAGGACUUCGGCGGAAAGCCCAUGUCCGUCCACCCUCAGAGCACCAACAGGGGUCGGUCCGUCCCCGCUGGUGUCCGUGCGUCUCCAUCUCGCUCCGUCGCCUCCUCCCGUCCACAGAACUCAUGGCGCUGGACUGGAGGCAGCGGCCGUCAGCACACGCUGCUGAUGGAAAUCCAGCUCACCAAGGUGUCCUUCCAACACGAGUCGUACCCAGUGGCAGUAGCGGGGCAGGACGGGGAGGGCGUGGCGGUCGCGGGGGUCCUUCCCAAUGGGGAGCAGCCCCUCUCCAGGCAGGUUUUCAUCGUCCAGGAGCUGGAAGUUCGAGACAGGCUGGCCUCUUCACAAAUCAACAAAUUCCUCUACCUCUACACGAGCGAGAGCAUGCCACGGAGAGCUCACUCCAAUAUGCUGACUGUGAAGGCCCUGCAAGUAUUACCAGAAUCUGGUCUUGGCGGUCCUGAGUGUUGUCUGCGGGUCAGUCUGCUGCCUCUACGGCUCAACAUCGACCAGGAUGCACUGUUUUUCUUGAAGGACUUUUUUAGUAAUCUAGCUUCCUCUGUUAACCCUUACCUGCCUGUGGACUCUGCAGCUGAAGUGAAGGCAGAUCCCUCCCAGAAGGGCUCUGAAGAGGCAGAUCCAGCUGCUGGUCUGGGACCUGACCUCUCUGCGUCUGUAGAAACUACAAACAGUGAGCAGAGCUCCUCCUCUGCUGGCUCAUCGUCAUCCUCUGACCAGCCAAUCUACUUCCGGGAAUUUCGUUUUACUUCAGAAGUGCCUAUCUGGCUGGACUAUCAUGGCAAACACGUUGUCAUUGAGCAGGGAACGUUUGCAGGGAUUCUGAUCGGUCUGGCUCAGUUGAACUGUUCUGAGUUGAAGCUGAAGAGGCUCUGCUGCAGACACGGUCUCCUCGGCGUGGACAAAGUGAUUCAGUACGCCGUCACAGAGUGGCUGACUGACAUCAGGAAGAAUCAACUGCCGGGCAUUCUGGGAGGAGUCGGUCCCAUGCAUUCAGUUGUCCAGCUGUUCCACGGAGUGAGGGAUCUGUUCUGGCUGCCCAUAGAGCAGUACAGGAAGGACGGACGCAUCAUCCGGGGUCUCCAGAGGGGAGCAGCUUCCUUCGGCACCUCCACUGCGUCGGCUGCCCUUGAGCUCAGCAACAGGCUGGUUCAGGCCAUCCAGGCUACAGCAGAGACCGUGUACGACAUCUUGUCUCCCACGCCUCCCCUGAGCCGCUACGCCAUCACCGAAGGCCGGGCCCCUUCCAGCAGACCCCGAAGAGCCGCUCAGCCCGCAGACCUCCGAGAGGGAGUGGCCAAGGCCUACGACACCGUCAGAGAGGGAGUGAUCGACACAGCUCAGACCCUGUGUGACGUAGCGUCUCGUGGCCACGAACAGAAGGGUCUCCCCGGCGCUGUGGGCGGCGUCCUGCGACAGAUCCCGCCCACCGUCGUCCGACCCCUGAUUGUAGCCUCCGAAGCCACCUCCAACCUCCUUGGUGGCAUGCGGAACCAGAUCAAACCGGACGCGCGGAAAGAGGAUUUCCUCAAGUGGCGCACAGAGGACACGCAGGAAUAAGGACCGUGUGUUUGGGUGUGUGAGUCUGUGCACGUGAGAACGAGUGUGUGAUUGUGUUGUGGGAAAGUUUCAGCUGUGAGAAUCCUGGUGUUGAUUGUGGAUUUGUGUAUCUGUCUGUGUGCGUGCGUGCGUGCGUGCGUGUUUGCUCUAAUGCAAAAAACAAAGCAAAGACUAACUAGUACUGCAGUUACUGACAGUGUUUUUUGUCGCUUCAUCAAACAGAAACAUGAUUUUUCUGUUCAUCCACCAGAUCUGUCCUCAUUUUAUUUCCCUCAGUCUACAGAUUAUUCCUGUUUGUGUUAACAUAUCACUGUUUUUUUUUUGUUUUGUUUUGUUGCUUUUUUUUCAGUCAAACCAGAAGCAGGCAGAAUUAUCACAAGACGCAGAUUGUUGACACUUCUUUCAACUGCUUAAAACUGUUUUUAUUCAAAUUUCAUGCUUUUUCCAAAGUGCACGGAGAAGGAAAAAGUAUUGUUGGAAUGAUAAGAAACUUCAAUGUGUUUUUUUUUUUUGUUUUGUUUUUGUUUUUGUUUUUUUGUUUUUGUAAUACUGUAAGAAACCUUUGAGGUUAAUGUUAGAAAUGACUCUUUAGAAUCUGAUUAACUCGUCUCAAGCUGCAAACAGCUUCACCGCAGAGCUAAAGGACAGUUUCUUUCUGUUUACUCUCACAGUGGAAUCAGAAUGUUUUAGCUGACAUGUAUUUAUUUUUGUUGGCAGAUGGUUUUCAUCCUGACUUUGUGAUUCAUGUGUUCAAUUUUGACCCUGCUAUGCACCUGCUCUUCUCAGUGUUUUUAUCGGUGCCAUAAGACCUUUCAGAGUGACCUUUUUUAACUAGUUUAUGUUGCCUUCCUGAAACCUGUCCCCCUCCCUACUAAACAUAGAUUACCUGACUGAAUAGAAACACAUGAAGCCUCUAAAAGCUGUAGCAUAAAAAGCUGUGUUAGAGCUUCAAAGUUGCUCUUUAACAGACUGAUGUCAGCUCGUCUGUGUCGCUGUUUUCCAUGGAAAGUCUAAUCCCACAUUCUGGGAUAUAACCUUUUUAAGGCUAAUAACCUUUUUAUAAUUUAAAAUUUUUUUUUCUUCUUUUGCUUACAUCUUUAGCUGCCUUCAGUAUGUAUUUUAUGUUAUUGUGUUUUGUUAAAACAUAGUUAUUGUUCAAUUCAAAAAAGGAGUUGGGAGGAUGUGAAUUUGGUGAUGAUGGAGGAAGAAAAGUUUGUAGUUUUACAUUUUUAUCUUCUGUUGUUUAGUGUGUGUGAGGGAGAUGCUUCCCUCUCAGUGCACAUGUGCGAAUGAGAUCAUUUGUGCGUCUGUGUGUGCGGAUGAUGCAUGUCUGUGAAGGGGACAGGUUGAUGCUUUUUACACCACACGUGUGUAAUUACUAUUUACUAUCAAAGUGUAUGAUUGACCUGUAUAUUACAAAGAAAAAAGAAAAAAACAAAUAUACAAGUUAUUACAAAAAAUAAAAAAAAUUUUUGAAUAUAAAA